UCACGUGACUGCCAGGGGGCGGGGCUUCCGGGAUCGUGCGCCUAGGUCCGCUCCUAGGGAAGCCCGCGGAGUCGCCCAUUUCCGGCCGCUACGGAGCUUUGCAGGUGGAGACGCAGAGCCAGCCUGUAGCUACGGGACAAAGAGGGUGACGCCGAGAGCCGUAGUCAUGGCGGCGCCGGAGCCCGGCCUGGCCGCCCCGAGCCCCGUGGCGCCGCCGGAACAGCAGGAAGGAGCCGGCGACUGUGCGGACCCCGCGCCCGACUCUGUGAGCUCCGCGGCCCCGGAACUCCCCGGCAGGCCCGCAGCUUCGGACGCGGCUCUGCAGGCUGAAGUCACCCCGCGGUCCGGCGUGUCUCGGCCGGGCCCCGAGACGUUUCGCCAGCGUUUCCGGCAGUUCCGCUACCAGGACGCGGCGGGUCCCCGGGAGGCCUUCCGUCAGCUGCGGGAGCUGUCCCGCCAGUGGCUGCGGCCCGACAUCCGCACCAAAGAGCAGAUCGUGGAGAUGCUGGUGCAGGAGCAGCUGCAGGCCAUCCUGCCCGAGGCGGCCCGGGCCCGGCGGCUGCGGCGCCGCGCAGACGUGCGCAUCACUGGCUGAGCAGCGGAGCCGGGGGCUCCUUGGACCCUACCCCGAGUUAAUGAAAGUUGAAUUUUGACAGCUUCUGUGAUCUGGUGUGUCGUUCGUCCUCUAUUGGGCUCAUUUCCCGAGCGUGUUCCCCACCUUUCCAGUUGAUAAGAGGAUUCCGGGAGCCUGUUAGAGUAGCUUUACAUACUAUUCCUGGACCCCUGGGUGGGGGGCGGGGGAUGCGCAGGACUUUGCCCUUAGGCAGGAAAUUCAUCUCACCCUGUUGAUUAGCUCUAGGCCAUCCCUCUACCACGUUCGCAGUUUUUCUGAACCUGAGUUGUCUUGCAGAAUGCUAAUGAUGGUUGUCGUCACCUAGUGUUCAAUACCACCCUCUCCCUUGCACUAGCUAGUAUCGAGCUUGAGCAAUAAAAUGGGUGGUCCUAUUAAAAGCUCA